AUGAAGAACGAGGCCACAAUAAAUGCGGAACAAGAAAAAUUGUUGGAAAACGCCACGCGAGUGGUCAAGGCGGAGUCGUUGGAAAUGAAGCGAUGCCUCGACAAGGGUGAAACGAUGGAUGCUUUGAAACAUGCUUCACAGUUCCUGAAUGAGCUGAAGACCAGCGAGCUCUCCCCCAAAUUUUACUAUAGAUUAUGUAUG